AUGUCUGUCAAAGUUGCAAUUGUCGGUGCCGGGCUCAUCGGCCCGCGUCACGCUCAUUCCGUGAUCUCCAAUCCGUCAACUGAAUUGGUUGCUCUCGUCGACCCAGCACCAACGGGCCCUACUACUGCCGCAGAGUUGAAAACCAACUUUUAUACCUCUGUUGCAGCCCUGCUGGCGUCUCCGCACAAACCCGACGCAGCGAUUGUCUGCACCCCCAACCAUACUCAUGUCCCUGUGGCCAAGGAGUUGCUUGCCGGCGGCGUACAUGUCCUGCUCGAGAAGCCGGUCAGUGACACUCUGGAGACGGGCCGAUCCCUCCUGAAAUUCGCGAAGGAGCCGGCACAAGCCCACCUCAAACUUCUCGUCGGCCACCACCGUCGCUUCAACCCCUACGUGCGGGCCACCAAAUCCGUCCUUGAAUCCGGCUCGCUGGGCCGCCCGAUUGCAGUGAACGGCCUGUGGACGCUCUACAAGCCUGAUCCGUACUUCGCGCCUCCGACCGACUGGCGCGCAUCUGGUGCCCGCGGCGGCGGCGUCAUUCCGAUCAACCUCGUCCACGACAUUGAUCUGAUGCACCACUUCUUUGGCCCGAUCGUCCGCAUCCAGGCAGAGAAGAUUCUCCCGCAACGGCCGAGUCCGCCCCACGAUGCGGAUGAAGGCGCGGCGCUCACGCUGCGCUUUGCCUCCGGCGUUGUGGGCACUUUUCUCGUCUGUGAUGCGACGCCGUCCCCCCAUAACUUCGAAACCGGCACUGGCGAGAACCCGAUGAUCGCGGCCUCUCGCGAGGGCUCGGACUUUUACCGCAUCUUUGGCUCAGAUGCCUCACUGAGCGUGCCCGAUCUCACGCGGUGGAGCUACGAUGGGUCGUCGGAGAAGAGUUGGUCGAAUCCUCUGAGCACGGAGAAAAUUCCUCUGCCGGACGAGGCUGCGCCCUUUGAUCUCCAGCUAGCGCACUUUGUGGACGUGAUCCGCGGAAAUGCGGAGCCUAGCUGUUCAGGUGAGGAGGGCUUGCGGGCCCUGAUUGUUUGCAAGGCGGUUGAAACAGCCAUGCAGACGGGCCAGCCCGUGGAUAUCCCUGUUGAUCCUCUAACCCAAUGA